CAUCCAUAGAUUUGUUUCGCUAAGAUGGCGCUACGGCCCGGAUCAGGGGGAGGUGGCAGUUUCAUGUACCCUGUAGGAGGGGGCCUGGGACCUCCGCAAGGUAUGAUGCCCAUGCAGCAGCAGCAGCAGCCCCAGCAGCAGCAGGCCUUCCCCAUGGUGCCCGUCAUGCAGCCCAACAUGCAAGGCAUGAUGGGAAUGAACUUCAGAGGCCAGAUGGCACCUGGUGCCAUGGCCAUGCAGGGAGGGAUGCCUAUGGGGAUGCAGGCUCCAGGUAUGCAGUUCAUGGGCCAGCCACAGUUUAUGGGCAUGAGAGCUCCUGGCCCACAGUACCCCGCAGACCUGCAGAAACAGAUGGCCGAGGAGCACCAGAAACGUCUGGAGCAGCAGCAGCGCCUCCUAGAGGAGGAUCGUAAGAGGCGGCAGUUUGAGGAGCAGAAGCAGAAGCUGCGCCUCUUGAGCAGCGUCAAACCCAAGACUGGAGAAAAGAGUCGAGACGACGCGCUUGAGGCCAUCAAAGGCAACCUGGAUGGCUUCAGCCGUGACGCCAGGAUGCACCCCACCCCAUCCUCUCAGUCCAAGAAACCAGACUCAUCGCCACUCCACUCCUCCUCCUCAUCCACCACUUCCUCCUCCUCCUCUGCUCCCCCUCACUCCCUCCCCCCUGCCUUUCCCGAGGACAAUGACGAGUUUAGUGACUUUAUGCAGGGGCCCGUAGAGGCGUCAUCCUCCUCCUCUUCCUCCUCCGCUGUACCCCAGCCCUCGUUCCCCACGGCCCAGCUUCCCCCUCAGGGUUCUGUCCCCGCCCCCAACCCUCUCCUCCAAUCCCAGCCCACCCCCACUGCCGUCCAUCACUCUUCUGUCAUCUCCAGCUCCCAAUCUGCAUUCCAAGGCCCUUCCUUGGAAGAGAAACUGUUCUCAUCCUGCGACUUGACCGCUCACGGCAAAGCUCAGGUCCACUUCAAACAGCACAAGCCCCUAGCCCACCUGGGCUCGCGGGCUGCCUCUUCGGGCCAGGCCCAGUUCCAGCCCAGCACCAAGGCCCGCAACUGGGCCCAGGCCUCGGAGGACCUGAGCUCAGCGUUCGUCACCACGGAAACAAGCCCAGAAGCUCCAGCAUCAGCAUCAGCAGCCCCUGCUGAAGACAAACCGGCUCCUGGCCAAAGCGACGGUCCAGCCCAGGCUACAGGCAUCGGUGCAGGUGUGGGGGUGUACCCACAGCAGGAACAUCUGCAGCCCAUGGUGCCCUCUUGGCUUUACAACGACAGCCUCAUCCCAGAGAUGUUUAAGAAGGUGCUGGAGUUCACCAUGACGCCCGCGGGCAUCGACACAGCAAAGCUCUACCCCAUCCUGAUGUCGUCGGGGUUACCCCGAGAGGCUCUAGGGCAGAUCUGGGCCCAGGCCAAUCGCACCACGCCAGGCAAGCUGACCAAGGAGGAGCUCUACACCGUCCUCGCCCUGAUAGGGGUCGCACAGAGUGGCAUCCCGGUGAUGAGUCCCGACAUCCUGAACCAGUUCCCCUCUCCGCCCGUGCCCAACCUGCCAGGCCUCACCAUGGCCAUGCCCGCCGUCAUGUCCCAGCACCAGCCGCCAAUCAUGGCCCAGCCGCCCGUCUCCAUGGCGAUGCAGAACCCCACACCGGCCGUCUCUAUGGCCAUGCCCACUGCAGCGCCGGCCAUCUCUAUGGCGAUGCCAACUCCUGUGGCACCCGUCAUUGGCAUGACCCCUAACCCUCCAACAGCACAGCCCACAUCCGGCUUCAUUGCCAGCUUUCCUCCGGUACAGGGGACCAAAGCGGCGGAUGACGACGACUUCCAGGACUUCCAGGAGGCCCCGAAGGCAGGUGGAGGAGACGACUCGUUCGCCGACUUCCAGAGUGACUCAGGGAGCUCUUUUCCGGCUGCAGCCGCCCCUCAGAGCAGUGCUCCCGCCAUGCUGACGCCUGUGUCUGGAUCUUCAUCCUCCUCAUCGUCAGACAAGUACGCCGCUUUCAAGCAGAUGUCUGUGGAGCAGCCGCCAGAGCCUGCACCUCCUGCCUCAGAUGGUGGGGAUAAAUACAGUGUGUUCCGAGCGCUGGAGCCCACAGUGGAGCGGAAACCCGUAGGUGAAGGAUUUGCCGACUUUAAGUCCGUCAGUGUUGACGAUGGCUUCACCGACUUCAAGACGGCCGACAGCGUCUCUCCACUAGAGCCGCCAGACCCCGCCAAAGUCUUCCAACCUGCGUUCCCCCCUCCCACCUUUCCCCCUCAGCCUCACUCUCUGUCUCAGCAGGCCUCGGCCCCACUCUCUCAGCCCCCCCGCAACCCCCUCAACAUGGCCGACCUGGACCUCUUCUCCUCGGCACCCUCUUCCUCCUCCUCUUCCUCUCUCCCCACCUCGGCGCGUCCGGCCGAACCCCAGGCCCAGGCGCCCUCUCUGCUGCUGCCGCCGGCCCAGGGUGGCACCGCGGGAACCACAGACGACUUUGGCGACUUUGCCCUCUUCGGUUCCUCUUCCUCCGCAGACGCAGUGACGGGUUCUGGCACCGCCGGGGUCGGCUCGGUGUUGGCGGCGCAGCAGCAGCAGCAGCAGCAGCAGCAGCAGGACGAUUUUGCCGACUUCCUGGCGUUCGGAAGCUCGUCGGAGUCCCACGGAGGCAGCGGUGGGCCCCAGAGGCAGCCCAGCUUGGGCUCCUGCUCCGGCCCUGACCGCUACGACGUCUUCAAGCAGCUGUCCCUGGAGGGAGGCCUGGGCUCCGCGUACAACGACGACAACGCCAGUGGCAAUGGUAAGGACAGCAUCGGCGGCGGCUGCAGCGGGCUCUCGGGCGGCGGCCUCUCCGGCUCCUUCUCCUCACCCCGCGGCAGCGACGUGGCGGCCGACGACUUCGCCGACUUCCAGGCGUCGCGCCUGGGCAUGGGCACGACGGCGCUGGGUGGCUCGGUGUCGGACCGAUGCAGCCCGGCCGAGCGUGCCUUCCGGCAGGCCAAGGAGGACUCUGCCUCGGUCAAAUCCCUGGACCUGCCCUCGCUGGGCGGCAGCAGCAGCGGUGGCGGCGGCGGCCGCGAGGAGGACGCCCUGUCCCUGCAGCUGGACCUCAAGCUGGUGGAGGCUGGCGGAGACCUGCGCCACGGCGCGUCCGACAGCUCGCUGGACCUGCCUGGUCUCUCCGCCCACCAGCCACACGCCGCAGAUUCUGAUGACCUCAAGUUUGACCCGUUCGGCACGGCCAGCAGCAGCAGGGCCAGUUACGACUGGUCCGACCGGGAGGACCUCUCGUCCGGUCAGGACCGGCGGCCCCAGACCACCGCCCAGCGGCAGGAGACCACCUCCUUCGGCAGCUCGGAGAGCGUCACCCAGCCGAGUGUCCCCAAGGUGACCACCUUCCCCAGCGAGGACAGCGGCUCUAGUGGAGGGGGUGACCGCUUCGAAGCCUUCGCCCGAUUCGGCACCGGCGACGGAGGAGAAGAGGAGGACGACGACUUCGGUGACUUCGCCAGCACCGUGUCGGAGAAGUCCGACUCCCCUCCGGUCGCCAGCGAGACGGGGUCAGAGGUCACGGCCGGCUCCGAGGGCUGGGACGAGUUUGGGGCCUUCCAGGGUGACAAGCCCAAGUUUGGCAAGCUGGACUUCCUGAAGGCCAGCUCCCAGACCAAGGUCAAGUCCAGCGAGGAGAUGAUCAAGAACGAGCUGGCGACCUUUGACCUCUCUGUGCAAGGCUCCCACAAGCGCAGCCACAGUCUGGGUGAGAAGGAGCUGGGCCCGUGUAGCGCCCCGUCUCCCGCCCCCGAGGCUCCGUUCAGGGACCGCUCCAGCACCCUCAGCGACAAGCCCACGCUGCCCGUCAUCAGGGACAAGUACAAGGACCUCACCGGAGAAGUAGAGGAGAGCGAGCGCUACGCCUACGAGUGGCAGAGGUGCCUAGAGAGCGCCCUGCAGGUGAUCACUACGGCCAACAACACCCUGAAUGGCAUCAGCAGCUCCACUGUGUGUACGGAGGUGAUCCAGUCAGCACAAGGCAUGGAGUACCUGCUGGGAGUGGUGGAGGUGUAUCGUGUGACCAAGCGUGUGGAACUGGGCAUCAAGGCUACUGCCGUGUGCUCGGAGAAGCUUCAGGAGCUGCUGAAGAACAUCAACCGUGUGUGGAAUAACCUCAUGGGCUUCAUGUCGCUCGCCAACCUCACGCCUGACGAGAGCUCUCUGGACUUCUCCUCUUGUAUUCUGCGCCCUGGCAUCAAGAAUGCCAAGGAGCUGGCCUGUGGAGUUUGCCUGCUCAACGUGGACUCCCGCAGCAAGAAGAAAGAAGAACGAGGCCCCUUGGGACGCCUGUUUAAGAGAGCCUUCAACUCCGAGACGGACAACUUCAAGCUGACGUACGGCGGGCACCAGUACCACGCCAGCUGUGCCAACUUCUGGAUCAACUGUGUGGAGCCCAAACCGCCCGGGCUCAUCUUGCCCGACCUGCUCUGAGGGAGGGAGGGGCAUCGCCACGGCGACAACCUCUGCUGCUACCACGGAAACGCACAAGGGUAGCCGACACUGGAUAAUUGCGGACGGCGGGUGGAAACGACCCCUCUUUUCCACCCUCUCCCUCUUUCCCCCACUUUCUCCUCUUGUUCCGUGUGCUGGAAAAAGGACUCGCUGAGAGAGUUAGAACCGAUGAGAAAUGUUCCCCAGCAUCCUCCUGUAUUUAUUUAUUUAUUCGUUUGUGUGUCUGUUCUGUCGGCGAGACCUCCUAUCACAUGAUUGUUUUGGGGGGGGCGCCUCUUAUCUUUUGAGAACUUGGUUGAUAUUUCCGCUCCGCUUAUCAAUUAUUCUUAUACAUGCACUAUGUUCCCUUCUUUCCCGUGUAUUUUCUCAUGAGUUUCUCAUGUGUUUCUCAUGUGUUUCUUGGACUGAGAGAACGAUAGCGUAGGAGGCAGUCAGGAUUCUUCAUCAAUGCCUCAGUCUGUCUCCUCGUCUUAGCCAGCUGUUUGCCACUAUAUUGCGGUGAUCUGACACUAGUUCUUGUCAAAGCUGUGUCUUAUUGUGUUGUGUGUGUCUUCUGCAAGGCUUUUCCCCAAACACAGCUUCGCAACACACAUCAGUAUCAGCAGCACGCGCUCGCUAGUCUGAGCCGAAGAGAAGCAGGACUGCCUAGAAGUUACACCCCUGUCAAAGUCAAAGUCACCGGAGACAGACGGACAAGAUUGAGUGCAACUUUAUAAAUACAAAUGAAUGAAUGAAUGUGAAGUGAAAUUGAAGAAAUAAAUAUUGUAGAGCACUAUCUCUUUUUAAAAACACUGCUUUUAGCAUUCCAGACAUACAUAGUCUUGGUUUCAGGAACUUGCUUGGAUGAUUCUUGAUGACAUUAUUCAUUCUAUGAACUGUUGGUUCCUUGUGGUUUUUUUGGAGGGAGGGGGGUCUUUUUCUACUCUUGUGACCACAUAUCAGUGGACAAGCUGACAAAUCGAUUCAGACAGGGUUUAAAUUGUUGGCUGUGUGAACUUUAAUUCUGGGGACUGAGUGGCUAUUCUGAAAGACUGAGGCUAUGUACGAGUUUUUACGUGUUUGGCUUUUUUGUAGCACAUCUGAAUGUCUUACUCUUUGCAGUGUGAUCUAUUUUGUUUCUCUAUUUCGUUUUGUCCGUAUCAUGUUGAAAUUGUAUCUUUGCUACUUGAAAAGAUGUGAUCCUAAUCGGUUGAGUCAUUUUAAUUUAAGAGAGGAGGUGCAUAUCAGUGGUCUCUGAGGUCACGGCGUGAAGACACUAAGGCCGACUGUAAAGACUCGAUUUGGAACGAGCCCGCUGUCGGGCAGAAGGAACAGGAAGUCGUCACAGCAGCACUUUGGGUGUUGAUGAUGUUGUUCAUAGUAUUGCAUUGACCAAUGUAACCAAUCUCAUGAUGUGGUGGUUUAUCAUGCCGAUUAAAAAUAUGUAUAUGAAAGUCAA